UAGUGAUAGUGUAUUACAGUUUCUGGUAGUGAAAUUUCAGUUUACGUAUGGAAAAGUGAAGCGCAUUGUCGCACACGAAAAGUCUAAAACAUAUAUGAGCCCAAACCUAGGCUCAGCUCAAACUUAGCACCUGCGGGUGUAACGGACGGUUCACCGUGUAUCUGUAUAUUCUACUUAUCCUUCGUUUCUCGGCGUCGCGUCCGUGUGAGGUAUUUCGGAACUUACCUUAAUUAUAGGUACUUUUAUUCUUCUAGAUACAUCAGGUACUUUCAACAAAUAAUAAUUACAAAUUUGGGCAAGAUAUUACUACCGUACUCCAAUGUGCUUGGAGGAAUUCGUAAAUAAAUUGUCAUUAAUUCUCAAGUAUAUAUAAAGUGACCGUGAGUUUUAAAAUAGGUACGCCGUUGGAUUUUAAUUAGUAUAAAGGACUAUUGCCUUUUACCUUAUGAAUGAAGUCUCUUGAUUCAGCGGGAGUUGUUGAACUUGAUUCGGUCGACGAAUCUUGGAAUUUGUUCUGCGACUUGCAAAUUGUCGAUGUCGUAGAUGGCCACGCCCUGGUGCUUUGAAAUCUGCAACCAUCCGCUGCAGUCUCCUCGGAUAAAUGGACUCCAGGUCCAAUUGUGACGUAGUAUUUACAAGUGAUAGCGUCAAAAAUGGCAGUAUCACCAGUCCCUUAUAUCCAUCACCAUAUCCGGGGAGAACUAUAUGUCGAUAUGAAUUUCAAGGACGAGGAAAAGAAAGAGUGCAGAUUCUUUUUCAAGAAUUUAAUCUAUAUCAUCCAAGAGAUGAUCGAGACUGCGACAAUCAAGAUAUAUUAAUGGCGUUCGUUCAAAUCGAAGGGAGAAUGGAAAAAAUCGAUACAUUUUGCGGAAGCACAUUACCAAAACCUAUUAUGUCGAACGGACCCAAGCUCAAACUGGAAUUUCACGCGGCAUAUGGUUCAAGAUAUUCGAGAGGAUUCAAGGCUACCUUUAGCUUCAUUCAAAAUUUUGGGAUCAAAAUCGGUGUACAGCUACCUGACUAUCCAUGUGCCUUUGUUUUCAAUAGUAACGAAACACGUGAUGGCUACUUCUAUAGUCCAAAUUACCCUGGAUUUUAUCCACGUGACACGGAAUGUUACUACUUCUUUCACGGUAACCAGGGAGAAAAAAUCCAUCUACACUUCAGCUACUUCGAUGUGGAAGGCGUUUUUCCGUGCGAAGCAAAAUCUGCCAGCGAUUAUGUAGAAUUUUCAAACUUUGUAUCGCAGGACCGAAAAUAUGAAAGACACUGCGGUCAAUUAGGUGAAUUCGACAUUGACUCAGACAGAAGAUUUUUUAGGGUUACUUUUAAAUCCAAUGAUAGGCUUGAUGGAACUGGAUUUAAUGCCACUUAUCAGUUUCAAGAUAAAGUAGAAAGUUUCACUACGAGGUCUGAACUUUCAAAUAAAACAGCCGUAAUGAAAGAUAUGACCGGAUUAGCCACAAUUAUAUUAUUUCUAGUGACAGAAUUUUUAAGAUAAAUUGUCAAAGAAUUGAACGAUAUAGCAAUAAUACUUACCUAAUAAUUUACAUCUUCUCGUGAUGAUGAAAUGGACUAUUCCACCUAGUGAAUUCUAUCAAAACUGCUCAAUUGUAAAGUAUAGUAGUAAUUUUUAAUGAUUUUAUUGAUAACACUCCCAUUGUGUCUAUCUUCUGUUGUACAUACCUUUUAAAUGCCGUUUGGAAUUUUACUGGUGUUGUUUAGAGACUACAU